AUGAGGAGCUGGGCCACCUCUAUCAGAGCUCCAUUUCACUUCAGCCCAGCCCACAAACCCACCACAAUGGCUCAUGAGCAUCAUUCUCGGAGCCUACCAAGUACCAACCACGUCACCGGCGGCAUAUCGCCCAGCGGCCAGCGCCGUGGAAACCGUAGACGAGGAGGACAAGGGAAAGAAAGCUUACGGCCCCAAUCUCGCGUCCCGCCGGCGGCCACCACAACCAUCACCGCCAUGAUCAGCAUCCUGGCGCAGGAGCGCCUCCUCGGGUUCGCCCUGGGCUCCGUCUCCAUGGGUGGCUUCGUCCUCCACCAGCGCCGCGCCAUCUACCGCCCAAUCGCUGAAGCUGACGGGUCGCCCUACUUCUACCAGCCUGGUGAAAUCGCCAGUCGAAGCAGCUCAACUGAACUGGCUCAUGUAUGGAACAAGGCGGUGGACGAGACCCUUGGGAGACUUGUUGUGUACCUUAGCUCCCGUGGAUGGUGA